AUGUUGGAGACGGCUGGUCACCCGAUCCUAGGAGAUUUCGUACACACUGAUUUUGGAACCCCAAAGAACGGUGUGAAAAAGGUUGUCGGUCCUCAUCUCUUGGCGUGUAGUCGUGCAAGUAUCAGACCACAUCGGUUUACCUUUGUUCUAGGGUUCCCCGGGGAUGCUCUUGGACUGGCCUCCGUCGAAAUG